AUGUCUUACAGAGACAACACGAACGUGAAGCACUACGAUGGAUUCGUGAAUUCAUCUGGUGCUUCAUCCUCCAUAGCGAAGAAUUCUCAGUUCCGCGAAAUUGGCGUGGAAUACCAAAUGACUCUUCUCGGAUCUAAGGUUCACGAUGAUGGUGAGCGUGGCAAGUCUGAGCAUGCACCAAUUAUCGCAGGCUGUGCUUUGGAGGUAGGCACCAAGCAAGAUGGAGAGGAAACUGGGGCCAACAGCAUCCCCCAGCUCGGAUUGUUGGCAGGUUCGAUUCAGAAGUUGUCACUCAUCGAUAGAGGGGAGCCAUACUCGAUGGAAACUGAUCCCAGAUUGUUUUUCAAUGUCUCUCAACCAUCGAGUGUGUUUAUUUGCGGAUCACAGGGCUCGGGCAAAAGCCACACGCUCUCGUGCUUGCUGGAAAAUUGUCUCAUCCAGUCCAAAGCUGGUAGACUGCCAAACCCCCUCACAGGUUUGGUAUUUCAUUACGACACGUUUUUCAGUGAUGUGACUGGCUCUCCGUGUGAGGCAGCCUUUUUGUCAUCGCACCACGACGUGAAACCUUUGUUUAUCGACCAAAAAGAUCUAAAUACGGAGCGUAUGAUGAAUCUUAUGGCUGUUUCGCAGGGUGACGGAGAUAUACCACUAUACAUGCAGACGGCCAAGCGGAUUCUUCGAGAGAUGAGGGUCGCUCAGCAAGAGACCCAGGCUGGUUUCGACUACAAAACUUUCAAAAAUAAAAUCAUCGAUUCUGGUUUGACUCCCGGCCAGCUCGAGCCACUGAAACAACGAUUGGAGAUGCUUGAGAGUUUUAUGCCUCAAGCUCAGGUAGCCAAAGCUUCUCACAGAAGAACCCAGGCCCCCCCGAAGCAGGGAUCACUUUGGAACCCGAAGCCGGGCCAGUUGACGAUCCUUGACCUCUCGUGCCCAUGCAUCUCACCCGGGACGGCUUGUUCCCUUUUUAACAUCGCUCUCGCCAUCUUUAUGGAGCAGGAGUCCGACAUUGGCCGGGUCGUUGCUCUUGAUGAAGCCCACAAGUACAUGAAAACAUCAUCUGAAGCCCAGGCCUUUACCGAAACGCUCCUCUCUGUCGUCCGCCUCCAGCGGCACCUUGCGGCCAGAGUAAUCAUCUCGACUCAAGAACCCACGGUGUCAACGGAUCUUCUUAACCUUUGCACCGCAACCAUUGUUCACCGUUUUACCUCUCCCGAGUGGCUGAGAGUCCUGCAGAGGCAUCUGGCGGGUGCGGCGACUAAUCCUUUCGCUCGCAAGACGGGUAAGGCUGCGGCUAAAUCGACUGACGGGGAAGAAGGGCAGCUCAACGAAAGCAACGAGCGCUCCCUGUUUGACCGCAUCGUUAAUCUUCGUGUGGGCGAGGCUCUUCUGUUUUCUCCGAGUUCCAUUGUGGACGUUGAAAUUGAUGAAGAUGGCGGGCACGAGCUGCGUCGGCUCGGAUCGGAUUACUUGGCUAUCAAGAUUAGACAGCGCUUGACUACGGAUGGGGGCAGAAGUGUGAUCGCAGCUUGA